CUCUCUUUCUACUACCUCCAUGGUUCAAUCAAAACAUAAUUCAAUUAGACUUUCUAAAAGCCAUGUGUCGAGUCUCUGUCGAGCAGUCUAUUUUCGCACUACAUCCUACAUUAAAGGUAAUUUAUUUACAAAAAUAUUUUGCGGUUGGCAGAAUACUAAAAUUAAAAGUCAUUUGUCAUAUUUAACGCCAAAUUAACAAUGUAGCAAACGAAUUAUACAUUUUAUUUAGAUAAAUAUUUUAAAUUAUAGUAAGAUAAAUCACAAGGAAAGGUCUAUUAAAAAUAUUUAUAGAUGUAGUUAAUUAUCGAAAAUAUGCAAGAACAGCAGGCUGAAGAGAACGUCACUCUUAUAGAAGAUUUUUACGGGUACUACUAUGAUACUAACGGAUACGCCCACAAAGUGAGCAGGUUCACUUGGAGAAAUCUUAACAAAAUCGAAGUUAAAGUCAUCAAUUAUGGAGCUAGGAUCACCUCUAUCAGUUAUCCAGAUAGAAAUGGUGUAGUUGAUGAUAUUGUGUUAGGCUUCGAUGAUCUAAGUGGCUACAUCUUCUACAAUAAAUACUAUUUUGGAGCAACCAUCGGUCGUAUGACCAAUUUGGUGCGAAAUUCCACAAUAAACAUUGGUAAAAAGCAUCGUCACGUUAAACCCAAUACGCCAGAACAUCAUCAGAAGAAUGGAGGAACCAUAGGUUUCGACCAAAAGAUAUGGGAUUCCCACAUCGAAGGUAAAAAAGUAAUUAUGAGUUAUGUUAGUCCAGAUGGCGAAGAAGGAUAUCCAGGUAGCCUAAUGACCCAAAUAACAUUCGAACUUUCCGAAAAAAAUGAGUUCAAAAUCGAUAUGGAGUCUGUUUCUUCACUACCGACAUCCAUAAACCUAUCAAACUUGCUAUAUUUCAACCUGGCGGGUCAUUACGCAGGUCCAGAGCAUAUUUACAAGCAUAUUUUAACUUUAAAUUGCAAUUGUUUUACUGUACAGGAUGAAAAUGGUUUCAGUACUGGUGAAGUGAGAAACGUUGUUCAUACUAUAUAUGAUUUUCAAAUUCCGAAAACUUUGGGAAAAGUUAUUGGAAUUACAGCAAAAGAUGGUUUUUACCAAAACUUAUGCGUGAAUAAAGGCGCCAAUCAAGACGUCUGCUUCGUAGCUAGAGUUCUUCAUCCACCAAGCGGCAGAUUAAUAGAAUUAUACAGCAAUCAGUACGGAGUCCAAUUAGAUACAGCCAAUUCGUUCGGUUACGGCCUCAUCCAAUCCUUAGAGGAAAUAAUGUCUGCAGACACGGUCAAAAGCGGCAAGAGCGCUGUGAGCGGUAAGAGCGCUGUAAGUGGCAAAAGCGCCGUCAGCUAUAAGAGCGCCGUAAGCGGCAAAAGCGCUGUAAGCGGCAGAAGCGCUGUAAGCGGCAAAAGCGCUGUAAGCGGCAAAAGCGAUGCGAGCGGUAAAAGUGGUGGCAACAAGAGCGAAAAAGAGAAAGAAGAUGAAUACGAUCCACAAUUACAACUAAUAGAGGAAAUAUAUACUAAACUGGCCGAUGAACUGCACGAAGAAAAGAAUAACGAUUAUACUGAACUCCGAGACUUCAUUGCAAUGCUGAGGGCAUCUACCAACAAAGUGACGUUGCCGAUAGAGGACUCUGUUGUCGAUUUCGUUUGUGACGAUCUGGAAACUCUGGAAAAGAUUUGUCAAACUCCUAAACAGAUCAAUUAUUUGAAAUUGAUUCAGCAAGCAUUAGAAGACAUUUCUGACGAUGAUGAAUACAUAUGGCUGACUGAUGUAGUCGAUCUGAUCAUUCAGUACAGCGAAGCUGCGUACAAUAAAGAAAAAGCUAGGAAGGGUGCAAGUGCUGACGAGUCACGCCAAGUACCCCCCACACCACCACCCUCAGUAGCAGCGACAUCUCUACAAUCGAAAAUAAAAAAACCCAAAUCUCCCAACGACAUACCAACAUACUAUCAAACGGCUGACAGAGUUAUAGGAAAAAGUCGAAGACUGUACACGAUGCACGGUGGUAUAGCUCUCCAAACUCAGAAUUAUCCCAAUUGCGCGAACAUCGAGCAUUUUCCCAAUUGUAUACUAAAACCUGGCGACAAGUAUACACAUAGUAUCACUUACAAGUUUUGGAUAAGAUCCGGGAAUCCCAGUAGGUGGAUCAAGAGGAACCAACGUGAAAUGACUCAAAUGCAAAAAGAUACCGCUUGAAAAUG